CGGCGGCCGAGAGAGAGAGAGACGCAAACAACUUUUUUUUUUUUUUGGCUUUUAGUGAGUUGCAGCCACCGGCCCGCCGUCCGCCGGACUUGUAACCUGAGCUUGCAACUGGCUGGAGUGCGGCGCUGCAAGGCGAGAGGGAGCUCCGAAAGCCGCCGCGGCGAACUAAGAGACCGAACUAAGCCCGUUCAGGGGGCAACGGCGGCGGGGGGUGAUUUGGUUGGGUGGCUGCUUUCUUUUCCCCGAGUCCUAAGCUCGCCCCGACGCUGGGGAAGCCCGGCAAUGGGUAGGAGAGAAACCGCGUGAACCUCCGGCGAACUUUUCCCCUCCAUCGUGCAGGGCAGGCGGAGCGGGGCAGGCGGAUGGAGGAUGCGCUCUGCCCGGCGAGCUGUCUAAGAAGGAGGCGGCGGCGGCGAGGAAAGCGCCGGGGACGACGACGAUGAAGCAGCAGCAGGAGCUGCCGGCCUCGCCGCCUCCGAAACACUAUGGGGCGGGCUGUCCGGAGCCCCGGCCUCAUGUGGCCCCGGCUUCCUCGGGGGGUCCAGCUCACGGCUUGGGCUGGAAGAGGAGGAGGAGGCCCUUCUCGCUGCUGCCUUUCCUUUCCCUCCGCGAUUACGGCUUCUGCAUGGCCGCCCUGCUGCUCUUCUGCCUAGGCUCCCUCUUCUACCAGCUCAACGGGGGCCCUCCUCACUUUCUGCUGGACCUGAGACACUAUUUGGGAAAUUCCACUUACUUAGAUGAUCAUGGGCCAACUCCUCGUAAGGUCCUUCCAUUCCCAAGCCAGGUGGUAUACAACAGAGUUGGAAAAUGUGGGAGCCGGACUGUGGUUUUGCUGUUAAGAAUUCUGUCGGAGAGGCAUGGGUUCAAUUUAGUUACAUCGGAUAUUCAUAAUAAAACUAGGCUUACCAAGAAUGAACAGAUGGAAUUGAUUAGAAAUAUAAGCACUGCAGAGCAGCCCUAUUUAUUCACUAGACAUGUUCAUUUCCUUAAUUUCUCAAGAUUUGGAGGAGACCAACCAGUAUACAUCAAUAUUAUUAGAGAUCCUAUCAAUCGAUUUUUAUCUAACUAUUUUUUUCGCCGUUUUGGAGACUGGAGAGGGGAGCAGAACCAUAUGAUCCGUACUCCAAAUAUGAGGCAAGAGGAGAGAUACUUAGAUAUUAAUGUAUGUAUUCUUGAGAAUUAUCCUGAAUGUUCCAAUCCCAGGUUAUUUUAUAUUAUUCCAUAUUUCUGUGGACAGCAUCCAAAAUGCAGGGAACCUGGUGAAUGGGCCCUCGAAAGAGCAAAAAUGAAUGUGAAUGAAAAUUUCCUCCUUGUGGGCAUUCUGGAAGAAUUAGAGGAUGUGCUGCUUUUAUUAGAAAGAUUUUUACCUCAUUAUUUCAAGGAUGUACUCAGCAUCUACAAAAACCCAGAGCAUAGGAAGCUUGGCAACCUAACUGUGACAGUGAAAAAAACCCUCCCUUCAACAGAAUCCAUCCAGAUCUUGUACCAGCGCAUGAGAUAUGAAUAUGAAUUCUACUACUAUAUCAAAGAGCAGUUCCACCUGCUGAAACGCAAGUUUGGAUUAAGAUCCUCAAAUGGUAACUCUUCUCCUAGGCCGGAAUUUGCCAUUCCUUCUCCUCUAGAAACUGAAGAGCCAAUAACAGAAGAUGAGGAGCAAGAUGAUGAAAAGUGGUUAGAAGAUAUUUAUAAAAGGUGAUGCAAGACGGAUUCCAAAUUGUUUAAAAAUGCUAAUAACAAUCUGAAAAAAGUGAGUUAAUACAAAGCAGCAUUUGAAAAGACAUUUCCCUUAGAUUGAACUGAGAGACCUCUUUCUGAAAAAGUGUAUUUGUCGAAAUAUUUUGUUCGUUUGUUUCCUUGGCUCCACAGAAUUAUUGUAGUUAGAAUAUACUUUUAAACAUAUCAUCUCUUGUUUCAUUAGAAAUAACAUUGAUGUUGUAAAAUAUUUUUGUAUAUGGUACUUUACAAAAUGAUAUCACUUCGUUGGUCAUUUGCAAUUUUCACAAAACUAGCUUGCCUGAUGUAGCAUUUAAUUUAACCUAUUACAGUUUUAUUUGAGCACAUUGAAAUAAUAGCAUGAUAUAAGAGAUUUGUCAUUGCCUGAAUAAGGAAUACUGUUGUCCUGGAAUAACAAAACUAUCCAUUGCUACUAAUACCAUUUGAAAAGAGGUAGCCAGGCUGUUACGAACAGUCAAAAUAGGAAUAUGGAGAAACCUAAAUAAUGAGUUUUCCGCAGACUAGCAUGCUCUAGAUAUGUUGGACUACAACUUCAGUGAUUCCCAAUUAGAGCCUUCCUGCCAGUAACUGGCUAGCAGCAAGGAGAGUUGUAGCGUGUUGAGAAUUUGAGAAGGUGGGUAUCAUUAAAUAUCAUUACAGUGCUGAGGUUAAGUAAAACUGAAGAGGAUAAUAUUAAUGGAAUUUAAACUUAGGCUGCAGGGGAAAAUAUGGGAUAUUCUUUUUUAUUUUAAAGGAGAUUCCUUUUUCCAGAGUAGUUUUGACAAUAAGCAAAUAUCCAUAAAAGAAGGGGAACAAGAACUUUAUGGGAUGUUACAUUUCUGUAACAUUGUAAAUUACUGAUAAAAUUAAUUGGUUCUAAUUUCAAGACAUUAUUUCUGAAGAUGGAAAUUUAUAAUGAAAUCGCCUCAACUACUCUGAAAAUCUGAUAUGUUCUAACGAACAAGAUUGAAGACAAUUAUGCUAUGAUCCCUUCAGAUGUCACCAGUUCUUUUUCUCUCUCAAAGAAGUCAAAGCCUAACUCCUACAUGUAGAUAAGCAGCAGAUACUCUUCACAGCAUCCUCAAAUUGUAUUCUGCCUGCAAUAGUCAACAUUGACUAUUUUUGAUAAUCAAAAAUUACCACUUGAAAGAACAAAGUUGUAAUAGAUGGGUGCGUAUUCUGUUUAUCUAAGCUACUGGUUCUUGUUUUGGUGUGUAUUAGUCAAGUCCCAUUUUAACAAAUUCCCUUUUCAGAGCCAAUGGAUAUUUGUUGCAUUCUGUUUUUUUACAAUGCUACUAGCAGGAUUUGAACACACAAAAUUGUGUUUUGGCUGCACACUUACACAAAUGAAAAAUCUCACUAGGUGGUUCCAGUGCACUACUUAGAAGGAACACACUGGGAACUCGAAAAAAUAAUUAACCAAAAUGCUGCAUUGUAUAUUAAGUGGUUUCUAUGAAAUUACAUUUAAAGAGUAAUGAUUAGUUUACACACUGUGGAAUUGUUUUCUUUUGGGGAGCAAUUUAAUAUUCACAUGCUGGAAUGUUUUUUUAAAAAAAGUUAAAAUUUGUGUGUGCUACAAGAAUCCUGGGUUACUUAACAUGUUUGCUUUCUCUGCAAUUUCACUAGAAUCUAUUUUUUAUCAUGCUAUUUAAUAUUAUUCUUUGCCACGAAUACUUUGAAAUGUUAAAAGCAAGGGUUGCCAGUUGAUUUAUUUGCUAGAUGUUAAUGUUGUAUAUUUUUACAUAAGCAACUUGACUUCUAUUCUAUUUCCAGAAAGGUACUUCAUAAAUUUAUUUGGCACAUAAGCUUUUAAGAUUUCUGAAAGAACAGGCCAUAUAUCUGUCAUGAAACAAUGUACUUUCAAUAAUUUAAAAGCACAUUUUAAGUUUGCUCAUUUUUUUUUACUUAUUUAUUGUGACUUUUCAGCACAUUCCAAAUUUUAAGUUGCUCAGGAAAGAAAUUCAUUUGAAUCAUUUUCUUUUUCUUUUCUUUUUUUCCAAAAAUAGUGAUAGUUAUUAUAGAGCCUUCAGCCCAUGAUAACCUUCUAGAAAAUGCCAUAUUGGUUUGUAAAUCACUGUGAGAGAGAAAGAUGAAUUCUUGGAAUAUGUGAAAAUAAUAAAGAGAAUAUAUGUACAUUAGGUUGGUUAUAAAUGAAAACAGCCAAUAUUUGAAUUAAAUAUACCUUAACUUAUUCACUGACUCUUUGAUCUAACCUGUCUAUUUUUAAUGCACUAACAUUUCUACAUUGCUUGUUCUUCACAGAAUCAUAUAGUUAUGUCUCUCACCUCUUUCCUCUGCCUCAUGUCUGAGUGUUAAAAGUUUUCCCAUUGAAUCAUGCUAAAAAUGUUUUUUGUAGUUUAUUGGCUGAAGGUUAUACUUCAGUUGUUGUUCUGAUAUCACUAUGUGAGAAAUACAAUCAACAGUGGAGCUGUGCUACAUUGCACUGCCAGUGUAAGUUACAUAAUCGAUAAUAGUUAUUGUUUUUUCCAUACACAGCUAAAGUAUUGUUUUAGCUAGUGUAAAUAAAGGUGACAGAGAAUAAUUGGUGUCCAGGCUAAAAUUAUUUGGCAAAAGUGCUCAGGCAAUUGUAUGAAGUUUUAUAAAUGAUCUUAAAAGGCUUUGAAUUGAAAAAUUUGAUUAAGAAAUGGUCCACUCAAGUGUACAGUAAUCUAGGAAGAUUAUAAUCUUCUAAAAGUAUGGUUGCAUUGCAGUUAUCUAAAAUAUCCAUGCAUCUUUCUGAAAUUAGAAGGUCUUUUUGUCUUUUAAAGGCAAUUAUAAUUUUUCAUCAACAUUUUAAUUGUCACCUGAUCUUUAUGAUAAACAGCCUCUUCCUGUUGUAGAAUUUGAUAACUCAAGCCAAGUAAUCAAAACUGGAUGCUUUUAAAAUCCAAUGUUGCAAUUAAUCUAAGUAAGGAAGCUCUGGAGUCCCUACAAGUUUUAGAGGAGAGUAAAGGAACCCCUUUUUUCCCCCUAAGAAAAUCUUCAUGUUGAAUUGUGUAUUCUCACCUAUUGUUUAUCAAACUUGCAUUUGAAAAUAAUUACAUUUCAUGCUUUUUAAUAAAGGCCUGUAAUUUGCAAAGUUAUUUGUGUGGUCUGGCCUUUGUGCAUAUUGUGUUCCUGGCAUUCUUUUUUUUAAUACCAAAUAAGAGAUUCAUAGUAAGAUUAAUGGUGAAUAUAAAAAAGGACCAUUUUCUUUUCUGGGGACUUUUAAAGUUGAUUCAAUAGAAUGAUGAAUUUUCUGUUUACAUAUAGACGAAGCAUUUAUAUUUAACUGUAGAGAAUCUCUAAUUCUGUCUAAUAUCUGAUAUCGUUAUGGGAAAAGGAUCUUUUUACGAAUUACUCCAUCUUCCCUCAGAAACAAGGUUGAAAGUUUAUUGAUAUGUUAUUGCUCAAUGAAUUUUGUAGAAUUUCCAAAUGAUUCAAGGGUUGUUCUAAAUUAUGUAGUUUGAUAAAUUCUAAAACUUAAACUGGUCUAAAAAUUGACAAUUUAAGAUAAUUUGAUGAAUAUAUCUUUUUAUUGUAAAAAAGCAUAGAAAACAAAUUGUACAGGACAAUAUUGGAACAUUUUUACAAUGCUUUAAUAGAUAACAAAAACUAAUAUUUAUAUCUUUAUAAUUUUAAUCAGAGGAAAUUUACAAAUUAGAAAUACUAAGGGAAUUUCUGGAUGGUAUUGUUAUUAUGGCUAUUUUCAUUUUAAAACAUUCACUCUCAGUCUUUCAUAAAGCUGUGAAGAUCUGGCUUUUUCCUGUGCAUUGGAUCCAGAUUUUAGAUGUUUGCUAUAUCCGACUUCAUCUAGGUGUUGGUUGCGUUUUACUAUUUUGGCUCUGUAUGACAUUUUUUAAAUUCUUUUCACUGAGUACCCCACCCAGAAUUGCAACGUGUCAAUAGUUUUUAAAAUAGUUUUAAAUGGUUUUUUAAAAUCAUUUUAAUAGAUUAGUAAAGUUUACUUACUACAAGUGGCCUUGUGCUGAAGAUGCUUGCCUCCCACUCGGAAGGUUGAGAAUUGAAUCCUAGGUAGUGACAGAGGUUUCUCUCUCAGGGCACAAAGAAAAAAUAUCUGCUGCGAACUUCAUGUGGAGUCAGGAAGGGCAUCUGGCCAGUAAAUGCUCAGCUCCAUUCAGUCGCCCCAACUCUGUACUGAAUUAAAGGUUUACUAGGUCAUAAAAAGGGAGUUUUAGUAAAGUUUACUUACAACGAGUUUAUAAUAUGAACUUGAAAUGAUAGGUAUAAAAAUUGUUUUUUUCCUAAAAAUUUAUCUUUGAUAUUUCAAUCUUUUUAUUAAGAAUAAGAAUAGCUUGUUGGCAAAUGCAACUUUUGAAUUCUCUAUUCGUGGUCACCAGAACUUUUAUACAUUGUGCCACUGUCAGCAAAAAGUGUUUAAUAACUAUGUAAACUAUAUUAUUUAUUUAAUAAAUCCUGGUGCCUGGCCAUUUUACUGAUACCAUGUCACUAAGCCGCCUUCUCCAUGACUGAAAUGUCUAUUCCCUUGGUUCAAAAAUUAUAUCAGCCCAUUUACAUUAGGUUAUUGAUGUUUUGAUGUAGUAACAUAAGCCAGAAUGGGCAGCCAUUUUAAGAUACAAGCGUCUUUAAAAUGUUCAGAGCCCGGGCACAUUCGCAAAAUGACUGUCUUGAGAGAUUUGCCUAUUCUCCAAACAGCUGUUACAGUGAGCAUAGUUUAAUACCGCAAAACCCAUUUAUCAAAAUGCAAGCUUCUAGGAUGCUCUCAACAAGCCUGAAAAAUCUUUUGUAUAGUCUAAAAUAUUGCUGCAAUUAAAUAUAAUUCUGGGGCUUAAUUUUUUUUUUUACAUUAAAAUAAUGUUUUGAAAAGUUUAGUGGGACAGGGAUCCCAGCUGGCAUCAGGAGGGUGGCCCAGGCUCACAACCUUGACAGCAGCUAAAUUAAGUAGGGUAAGUUCCAGGUUUACAUCUUCACUCUGACACAACGUUAUUGAUUGACUUUGGAGGAAUCACUAAUCUCAUGCUAAUCAGGAUGUUAAUGGACAACCAUGUGAAUUAACUGAAAGUC